AGUCGGAGAGGGCGAGCCCCGCCGGUGCCCGGGCUGCGCUCUGGUGAGGCGGGCGCAGCUGCCGGGCGCCGCGGCGGCUGGUGCGGCUGCGGGCGGAGCAGUGAUGCCGGCUGCGGGGCGGCGUACGGCAGCGGCAGCCCGGCGGGGAGCGGCGUGCGCCCAGGCGGGCGACGGCGGCGAGUGCGGCCGGUUUAUCAAUAUACAGUCUUCACUGAUUUCAUAUGUGACGAAGAGGCAAGCAAACAGUGGAGAACGGCAGUAGAUAUGAUGCAGAUAUGCAAGAAAGAAAAAUUAAGGACAAAAAGACAGAGCAGUUUCUAAAAAUUCAGAUUGUGCACUUCAAAAUAAUACCAUAAAGGCUCAUCAUUUUAAUCAAUUAUUGAUUACACCUUGGGGACUUUCCACCGAUUCCACUUGAUGCUGCUUUUAAAAUGACUUUUCUGGAGUCUACUCGAGCACUGAUCUUUGCAUGGAAAUAACAGAAAAUUCCAAGAAAUGGAAGCCGCUGGUAGCAAAAGAAGAAAAGCUGAGUAUCAUCAGGGUUAAUAGCUCCUAUUUGAGAUCCAUGAAUGAUUACAGAGGUUUCUUUAUAAAUCGAACUUUCAAGUUUCAUUAAUAAUAUGUUGCCUCUCUGGGACAUAGGUUCGCUCAUGGUACGAAGGCUAUUUAUUCAUCGCAUGGAAUAGAAGAGCUAGAGGAACAAUGGCUUCAAAGGUCUCAUGCUUAUAUGUUUUGACGGUAGUUUGUUGGGCAAGUGCUCUUUGGUACUUAAGUAUAACACGUCCUACUUCUUCCUACACGGGCCACAGACAGAUCAGUAGCAUAUCCAUAGCCAGAAAAAACGUUUCCUUUGGCAACAUAAGAACUCGACCUAUAAAUCCACAUUCCUUUGACUUUCUUAUCAAUGAACCCAACAAAUGUGAGAAGAGCGUCCCUUUCUUGGUCAUUCUUAUCAGCACGACUCACAAAGAGUUUGAUGCAAGGCAAGCCAUUCGAGAAACAUGGGGAGACGAAAACAACUUUAAAGGAAUUAAAAUCGCCACACUAUUUCUUCUUGGAAAAAACACAGAUCCUGUCUUAAAUCAAAUGGUAGAGCAAGAAAGCCAAAUUUUUCAUGAUAUUAUUGUGGAGGAUUUUAUUGACUCAUACCAUAACCUCACUCUGAAAACGUUGAUGGGGAUGAGGUGGGUAGCAACGUUUUGUUCAAAAGCAAAGUAUGUUAUGAAGACAGACAGUGAUAUUUUUGUAAAUAUGGAUAAUCUUAUUUAUAAGCUGCUCAAACCUAACACCAAGCCAAGGAGAAGGUACUUCACAGGUUACGUUAUAAAUGGAGGACCAAUACGAGAUGUUCGCAGUAAGUGGUACAUGCCAAGAGAUUUGUAUCCUGACAGCAAUUAUCCACCCUUCUGUUCAGGCACCGGCUACAUAUUUUCAGCUGAUGUAGCGGAACUGAUUUACAAAACCUCCCUUCACACCAGACUCCUUCACCUUGAAGACGUGUACGUUGGACUCUGUCUUCGGAAGCUGGGCAUUCACCCCUUCCAAAACAGUGGCUUCAAUCACUGGAAAAUGGCCUACAGCUUGUGCAGGUACCGCAGGGUGAUCACGGUACACCAGAUAACACCAGAAGAAAUGCACAGAAUUUGGAAUGACAUGUCCAGCAAGAAACAUCUUAGAUGUUAAGAUUUUUACAGAUGUAAAUACCUUUUUUUUUUUAAUUUUGAUUUAGUCUGGUUAUUUUUUGACAAACUGAUCUGCUGAUUUACAGGUUAAACUGUGGGAUAUUAACUGUGAGAGGAUUUUUAAUGACUGAUUUUUCAUUCUCAUUUUGACUACUGGUUUACAGACUUCAGGCUCUUUUCAUAAGGACAUUAUACCAACCGAAAGGAUCUAGAGUCAAAUCUCAGCUUUUGUAUAUUAUCCUCUAUGACACAUAUCAGCUCCUGUAUCUGUAUGUAAAGGACAGUAAUAAACUAUCAUGAGCUGCUUAACAGUUCAUGCCCCAGCCUCUGAGAUAAGACUCAGGCCCUAAGAAAUGAAGAAUUACAAAUAUAGUUUUAUUCCUUUUUUGACACCCUACAACCAUCUCUGCUUAGAGCUUUGUUAAUAAAUUGAGUGGUAUAUGUUUGCACUGACCUUAUACACGUAUCUUGACAUGUAUAUUUUAUAGUACAAUACGUGCGAUUCCCAAACAGCUUACUGAUGGUACAAUAGCAGAAUUUAGACAGGUAGGAACACCAAAGUCUCGCAGACCUUAGAAAAAAACCCACACACUGAAGUAUAUUCUUAUCCACCAAAUAGUAUUCCUUUAAAUUAUUUCAGAAGAUAUCCCAUUUCUUUCCAGUGGCUAAAGUAGCCCCUAAAAGAUCUAACACAAUUUUAAAAUGAAGUAGAAUCUGUAGGUGAAAUAAGACAGGGAGAUGUAUGAAAAACUAUCUUAAGAACACAUAAUAAAAGUAUUAAUAUCUUUUAAUUUCAAAGCAAGUGCAAUGUUUCUUGUUAGUAUCAGUGGAUCUCUCCAUUAGGCGUCUUACGUAGAAAUAUAUAAUUGUAUUGAAUGAUAAAAGUGUCAGUAAGCAGCUUUAUUCUUUAACGUCAGUUAGUAUGCUAUUUACCUAAAAAAAAGUAACACAAAAGCAGCUUUUUAAGAGUAAGCUCUAUUGAGGGCUUUUAAGAAUCACCUAUUAAAGAAAAACAAAUUCUAGCCUUUGUUACAAAUCUGCAGCUCCCAGGUUAGUCAUCACAGAGACAAUACUCACCGAGUUCCUGCUCAAGAGAUCCCCAGAGCAUGCAACAGAAAUCAAACACACAAGAUUUUAUUCAGGUUUCAUAAUGUGCUUAUGUGUUUUGAAUAUGAAUGUUAAUGAAGCGUUAUGAGAAUUAUUUCCUGGAAAAUUCUUCAAAAAAUUCAAGCCGUCUCUAUUUAGCACCACCUUCUAACAAAUAGCUAAAAUAUGACAUUGCUCAGCAAUUAACUUGAAAUUAAGAAUUCACAGGCAAGUUACAAAGAUACAAAACUCACCAAAAUGUUAUUAGCUGUAGAUUGCUCACACUGUCCACAGCACACACAAGAGAUUCAUUCAUUUCAGCUGGCAUUAUGUGUAAUGUAUGAAAAACUGCUAAGUCUGUACAUUAUUCAGGAUGUCUAUAAAGUUGUCAGAAAUUAAAACUGAAUAAGAAUUUAAAGGAAAACUCUGACCCUAUUUUGCCAUAGGUGUACAUAGCACUUCACAACAGUAACAGGGGAAUGAAGAUGCUACCCCAAAAGGUUUGUAGUUUCAUGACAAAUUGUUAGUCUUAUUCACAGAUGCAGCACUAUGGUUUUGAAAGGAACUACUUGUAAAUAAGGUAAAGUGUACUUGGCCUUCAAGCCACAAGCAGCAGGUAUCUCAAACAAUCUACUUCAGAUCUGAAGGUGAAGCUACACAAGAUAGCCCAGGAGUUACUGCUAAUCAACAGGAGCUUGUGCAUCCUUCAUAAAUGAAAAUCAGUAAUUUUAUAUAAAAAUAGUGAAUCUCUUGAAUCAUAAUUAAGAUUAAUCUUUCCCUAGUUGACCUAGUCCUUGUUAAAGUUGCUCUUGCUUCCCGCCAAACUCAGAACUCUAGCUAAACAAGGUCCAACUAAUUACAUAGAUGAAUAUAUAAUACACACACACUGACUGGGUGAAGUUCAGCUUUCCUUACCCAAAUCCCAUAAUAUACGGUUUGGGAAGGGAAACUAGGGUGGAAUUCAUCCCCAGCCCUCAGGUAAAUCAGACAGCAUGGAUACCGUCCUACCAGGAACAAACUUUGUAAUAAUUUCAACCCACAGGCUGCAAUCAUUUCUGCUAUCCCUCUGCACUGUGUGGUAAUUUGGGGUUUCUGAAUCCACAACCAAAUGGAUUUGGUGGCCUUACUUCUCCUGCUGAUGCUUCUGUGGCCUUUGGUUAGUAACCAAGAGGACAGCAGGGCUCCCAAUCCGGAUACCUCAGGGCUCAAGUAGCAUAGUAGCCUUGAAUUUCUCCUAGUAAAAGCAGACUGCAUUAAUGAUUGGAAGGUACAUCUUGAAAACAGUAUCCCCAAAAAUAUAUUUCCUGCCAUUUAUAAAUAGAUAGAUCUUCAACAGAAAUGUAAAUGUUCACCUUGGAACUGAUGUACAUAUUUGUAAGGCAUUUUCUUCUGUAUUCAGCUGUAUAUAUGUGUAGAGUCUGCUUGCUACGUAGUAUUCUGUUACGCAUGGAGCUGAGUUAGGCAUUAUAUUUGUCCAGUGUUUCAAGAGCCUUAAGCAUGUGUGCCCUAACUUUUGAAUGUAAAAGAUUUUUUUUUUCUUUUAUUGUCUAGUGAAUUUAAAAGAACACAAAAAAGCCUAAUUUUCUACUUCUAUUAAUUUUCUACUUCUAUUAAUUUUCUGAUACUAGACUUCACUAGCUUGUUACACUUAUGUAACAGAUUUAUUAUUUAUUAUUUUCUCUUUGCUCAGAAAUUGCAGUAUUGCAACCUGGAGCUAGAAAGGGAGCAAUACACCUACUCACAGGGUCAGCUUACUGUCUCUUCCACACGGUAGUAUUUGUGCCACAUGGGGUAUUGUUAACAAACAACUGUUUGCAUUGGGCUUCCUUUAACCAAGGGAAAAAAUUAUGUUACUUAAAGGUCGUUUUGUUUCAGUAGGCAUGGGACAAAUGACCACUUGGUUAAGACGUGCUGGCUUCUUGUCACUUUAGAAAUGUGACAUUUUGAUUCCAAAACGUACAUGAACAAAGCACAUUGAGCAAAGAAGCUGGGGGGGGGGGAAAUGCCUCUCUUUAGGAGGAGUUUUUCACAAAAGCAUUUUUUUGCUAAAACCAUGAGAGUAUUUAAACAGAAGUUUCAAGGUUAAUUUUCCGUCUUUCCUAAUAAUAAUCUUAACUAUCAAUUUUGAUUCUUUAUUGGGAUUCUUUCUUUGUCUUUAUAACGUAGAUGGCAAUGGCAAUUUGUAAAUGAAGAGUGUAAUUAACUAGAAAAGCUUGUCAACAGUAACCGAACUUUAGGUGUAUCAUUAUGUAUGACUGGCUGUACUUAUGUAUUUAUUUGUCUAAAUUGUAUAUAUUGUUUUAUCUAUAGUGUCUGUAGGAGUGCAUUCUUUUAGAUUAAAGUAUUAUUUACAGUUUUGUGGGAUUGCCAGCAAAGCUGCUAAUCAAGAUAAUAUUUUUUUGUAUUAAUGUCAGAUAAUAAAAAAAAAUAAGA